UUGCUGUUUGCCUCGCUCAUUACCCUCUCUUGCUCCCUCUCCACACAGCCGACUCUGCUAAGAACAAAGCGUUUUCAGAGCACGGUGUCUUACGCUCAAACCAUCAGCAACAUUCCCGAGACACAGCUGUCGUCACUGGACAAUGGGCUUCGAGUCGCCACAGAAGAGUCAGAUCAGCCGACAUGCACAGUCGGUGUGUGGAUCGAUGUUGGCAGCAGGUACGAGAAUGAGAAGAACAACGGAGUUUCAAACUUCCUGGAGCAUGUAGUCUUGAAGGGAACGAAGAAACAUUCGCAGCAGGUCUUGGAGAAUGAGAUAGAGAGCCUCGGGGCUCAUCUGAGUGCAUACACCUCUCGUGAACAGACUGCUUACUACAUGAAAUCAUUGGCCAAGGAUUUACCAAAAGCUGUGGAAAUCCUUGGUGACCUGGUACAGAACAGCUCACUGUCAGAACCAGAGGUGGAACAAGGGCGGAAGCUAAUCCUACGGGAGAUGCAGGAGAUGGAGAGCACCCUGGAUGAGGUGGUGUUUGAUUAUCUUCAUGCCACUGCCUUUCAAGGAACACCCCUCAGCUUCCCUGUGGUGGGGCCCACUGAGAAUGUCAAGUCAUUGAGUCGCAACAAUCUCGUAGAGUUCAUGAGCAAUCAUUACAAAGCUCCAAGAAUAGUCGUGGCUGCAUCAGGAGGUGUUCAGCAUGAUGAGGUGCUGAGGCUGGUUCGUGAGCAUUUUGGUGGAGUUUCCUUCAAGUACGAGAAUGAUACGAUUCCAGUGCUGGCCCCAUGCCGCUUCACAGGAAGUCAGAUUCUUGUGAGGGACGAUGCUAUGCCAUUAGCGCACGUUGCAAUUGCUGUGGAGGGAGUUGGAUCAUCUAACCCUGAUGUGGUUCCUCUCUUGAUUGCCAGUACACUGAUUGGAAACUGGGAUCGCAGUUACGGGGGAGGAGCGAAUCAUUCAAGUCGCCUGGCCCAGAUCUCAGUUGAGAAUAAUCUGGGUUACAGUUUCCAGUCCUUCAAUACAUGUUACUCUGACACAGGUCUUUGGGGGAUAUACCUGGUCUGUGAUGGAAUGAGCAUUGAAGAUAUGCUGCACUUUGCCCAGGGAGAAUGGAUGCGCCUCUGUACCAGUGUGACGGAGAGUGAGGUGACCAGAGCCAAGAACGUGCUGAAGACCCAUUUGAUUGCACAGUUGGAUGGUACAACACCAACAUGUGCAGACAUUGGAAGGCAGAUUCUUAGUUAUGGCCGACGUAUCUCACUGGCAGAGUGGAAUGCCAGGAUAGAUGCUGUUGACGCCCAGAAGUUGCGUGAUGUUUGUACCCGGUACAUCUAUGACAAAUGUCCUGCUGUUGCUGCAGUCGGUCCAAUUGAGCAGUUACCAGAUUAUAAUCGAAUCCGGAGCGCCAUGUACUGGCUGCGUCUGUGAGCCAAGCCUUGGGAGUGAAGCUGCUUCCGACAUCGAGCCCUCGGUCUCUGGGCAGCCACACCCAUUCAUUUUGUAUUCAUUGGUUUUGUGCUGUAAAUUUGAAAUGGUGCACAGCUUGUUUGAAAUAUAGGAGGGUUAUUAAAGUGAUCUCUGUCACCCAACUGUACAGAACAUAUAAAAUAAAGGUGUCUGUUUAACUGAAA